UUCCCAGCCAACAGCUGUAGGGGUGGGAGGGCGGCCCGGGCACGGACAGUGCUGGCCGAGGACAGUGCGGCGCACUUUACUGCGGCUGUCUGGCUCCGUCCCUGAACAGAACAAGGCAUGAGGUGUACUCUGGACCCCGGCUCCAGUCACGGCCCUGCCUGGAGGAGGCUGCUGCUAACAGGUGCCCUGCUCGCAUCUUGCACCUGCUCUGCCUCCUCGGAGCUGCCCUCCUUGACGCGGCUGAACCCCCUGACCGAAGGAGCCAGUGCCCACCUGCCUGCUCCAGAAAGCCCGGAUGGUGUCCUGGCCAUUUCUUGGUUCCGAGGGCGGGAAGCCCAGCCAGCAGCCAUGAUCUUCUCCCCUGAGGGCCUCCCGGGACCUGCACACACCGGCCGGGAGACUCUGGGUGCCCAAGGUAGCCUGGACAUCAGAAACGUGACCACCAAAGACUCCGGCUGCUACACCGCGAUGCUGGAAACCCACGCGGGGCACAGGCGUGUGACACAGCUGAUCCGUGUCCACAACAGCCCCAAGUCAGUACCGCUGAUGACGUUCCCAGAAAACAUCCAGGGCACCAUCCAGAGUGACCUCAACUACUCGGUGAUCCUGGAGUGGGUGACCACGAUGAACCCCGAGCCUGUGCUGACCUGGACCCUCAACGGGAAGAUCUGCGGGUCCGGAGAGAAGCUGUUCAUCCGCCGGCUGUCCCGGGAGCAGCUGGGCACCUACGUGUGCACGGGCAGGAACAGCAAGGAGCUGGUGUCCUCAGAGCCCGUGACCGUCCUGCUGGCACAAGCCAACGCAGUUCCCACGGAUGCUGAGCCCAUCGAGCCUGACCCCACUCUGUCCCUGUCUGGAGGACCUGCCAUCGGCCUCCUUGUGGCUGGAAGCCUGGGAAUGGUGGCCCUGGUGGGAAGCGUGUGCUACACUACCUUCCAGAGCCAAAGGACUGACAGACAGAGAAUACGAAUAUGCUGCUGAAGUGUGGGCACCUGUCCUGUUAGCCCAAGAGAUGGGUGCUCAAUGCUUCUCUGACCACGUGGAGAAAGACACCACCCAAUAGCUUCCAAGUCCACAACAGCUCUGUUGAAGGGACCAGCCCACCUUAGCUAGACUCCCUUUGCCCUGCUUCUGGAACCCCUGAGGAAAGCAUCUGAUUGGCUCACCGGGAUCCUGUGUCAUCCUCAGCCCCAUUGCUGCCACCAGGGUGGAGGCAGAGAUGCAUCACACAAGCAGAGCCCAGGGGCUUAGCCCUGUCUGUGGAGCUCGGAGCUCAGAAAACGGGGGAGGUAUAGCCUUGUAAGCUAGGAAGGCCUCAUGAGAUGGCUUCUACACAUGUGGCUUAUUUUUUGUUCCUCUAAAAAAGAAAAAAGAAAG